UAUGUUCCACCGUUCAAACUUGUCAGUCAACUGAUGCCAGGGUUCUGGACGUCUGCCUCUUCAGCACACCCUGUUGCAUGUGUCUAUGUGAGCAGUUUUGCUCUCUCUUUGGAGACACUCCAUCUUAAAGUCAGGCUCCUUCCUUCCUUGGUGGAAUUAGAGCUCUCUUUCAAAGCAUCUAACUGGAAACCUUCUUACACACCGGAGCCUGGUAUCCCUUUGUAGCUUUUCACAACCUGUGUGUUCGUUUCACUUUCCAGGAUGGAAGAAGAGGAACUGCUGAAGGAAAGAUUCCAGGCCAUCACAGACAAGAGGAAACUGCAAGAAGAAAUAACUCAGAGACGCCUUAAAGUAGAAGAAGAAAAGCUAAAGCACCAGCAUUUAAAGAAAAAAGCUUUGCGUGAGAAAUGGCUCUGGGAUGGAUUAAGCACCCUUUCUCCAGAAGAACAGAAAGAAAUGCAAAACCAACAUCGAGAAGAUCAACAUCGAAUUAAGAAACUGGAACAAAAUAUUCUCAGGCUGGAGCAAGAAAUUGAGGAUCUUGAGAAAGAAGAAUUGACAAUCUCGAUAAAAGAAAAAGCCAUUUUGAAGAAGCUUAAAUCUGUUGAAAGGACCACAGAAGACAUUAUAAAGUCUGUGAAAGUGGAAAGAGUAGCGACUACCGAAGAGCCAGCUGACUAUAUAUAUGCCAACAUACCAGACCUUCCAAAACCUUUCAAACCUUCUGCACUUAAAAAGACAGGCCAUCUGCAAACAGGUGAUGAAGAAGAAAAUCGAAAAGCUUUGUUUGCUAUGGAAAUUAAAGUAAAAAAAGACACGAAGACUGGGGAGAGUACAGUUUUGUCAACAAUCCCCCUUCCUUCAGAAGAAUUUAAAGGAGCAGGAGUCAAAGUGUAUGACGAUGGCAGAAAGUCGGUCUAUGCGGUGUGCGCCAAUGGGAGCGUAAAGAAUGAUGACGUGGAUGAUCUUGCUCCAGUUGAAGUGGAGGAUAUCUUAAGACAAGCCACUGAGAAACAAUCCAAGUCUCCCACUGAAUAUCAUGAGCCGGUAUAUGCCAACCAGUUUUGCAGACCCAGAACGCCUCAAAAGGAUAAAUUCAUCCAAGAAGCAAAUGAUGGAAAAGAUAAAAACCAGAAUAAGAUCAGCCACCUUGACAAUUUUUCUAGUGAACUUGUUGAUAAGGAUAAAUGGCAUGAUGUUAAAAAAGAUGGUCUAGAUACUUCAAAGAGCUGCCAGCAGAAUUCUCACUGUCCAGUUAGUCAACCAUUAGGAAGGCCCUUACAGGUUAGUCCUCAAAAUAAGCUAGUAUCUUCUGCCCAAAGAGAAGCUAUACAAGAAACUGCUCAGUCAUAUCAAAAGAUGAAGGAGUACCAAGAUCAAAAGAUCAAAAACUCUUCUCCGGUAACACUAGAGAGUGAGGAUAAUUAUAGCGUGGUCCAAGCUAUGCCAUGUUAUGUGGAUGAUACAGAAGAACCGGUUACAAUGAUUUUCAUGGGAUACCAGCAUGUGGAUGAUGAAGAACUGAAUAAAAAAAUCUGUGGGUAUGAUGGGAUUAUCCAUGCGGAACUUGUUGUCAUCAGCGAUGACAGUGAAGAUGAAGGGAAAAAAAUCGAGACACCUCUUUAUCAUCCAGUGGGUCCUUAUAGCCAGGUCUUUCAGCCAUCCAAUCAGACAUGUGCAGGCUCACAGACUAAAACUUCUGGAGACAACAUAAACAAGCCACUUUACAGAAAUUCCAUGUCACUGAAAGAACAAGAAGAAAGUUUGAGCUGUUCUACCUUUAAUGGUCAACUUGAUGGCCAUGUAGCAAGUGAUGGAACAGAAGAACCUUCCUUAACAGCUCUGAGAAUGAGAAUGGCAAAACUGGGGAAAAAGGUGAUUUAAACAGCUGCAGUGAUAUAAUGCUAAAAGUCUGGCAGUUUAACAAAAGCAAAAGAAUAAUUUUCUAUGUUUUGGACCUGGGUAGCUUUUACUUACUCAACUAUACAUCCAUAAGAAUAAUGGCACUUUACAGGAAAAUGAAUGUUUUCCAGUCCUGAUAUAUGGAUACUCUGAUCCAUAAAUGAAUAUUGUUAAAACAGUAUGUUCCUCAAGGAAUUAUUAGUGGCAUUUGUUAGGAAUUUGUCAGCCUUGUUGUAUUUUAUAAGAGCUGAAGGGUCAUUGUCAUGAAUACAAAUGCAUCUCGUUUUGUUGAAGGAGUCUUCUCAAUCUUCUUCUCUGACUACACCUAAACAUGAAUAUAGGAUACAUGCUGACUUUCCAAUUACUAAACUCUAUUCCAUUUCAGCAGUGGUUUUCAAACUUGACACAAGCAUUCUCCAUGUGUGUUUGAUAUUGGAAGCUGAUGAUCUCCAGCAUAGCCAGCAGAAGCUAUGUCAUUUACCAACAGUUCACUUGUAAAGAAUAAGAGCUUUAUUAUGGCUGGUGGAUAAAGCCAUUAAAGUACCCCUAAUAUUAUCAAUAGUAAUGUAUCCUGGAGAGGCAGCCAUCUCAUUUUCCUUUGAACAUUGGAAAAUGCCCCAUUGUUUGGGAAAUGUGGGCCACUCUACCCAUGUCAUUUGCUUGCUAUAUUCCUAUCUGUGUUUAUUGCUCAUCUUUGGAAUUUAGCCAGUAAGGCAUCCUUGUCCAAUAGUUCAUUUCCUCUAGCCCUCUGAUAAAAAGUUUGCUUUUGAGCUGGAAUGUACAUACCUCUCUCCCAGUUUAGUUACCAAAUCUUGCAUUUAUCAUCAAAGUAUCUCAAUACUUAGACACUUGCCAUUACUCAGAAACUGGGUUAUAAAAAUCACACUGGCCAUCGGUAUCUGCUUCUGAAUGCAGCUUGGCCCAGAAAUCAAAAUGUUCUAUUAUGAUAUAUGCAAGGCUUUCUUGUUUGGUUGAGUCUGUAUGUUUGGAUACAGUAUUUCAUAUUUGUGUUCUGAAAAAUAUUCAGUGUAAUUCAGAUGUUUUGUUAAUAUUAUGCAUUUUCCAAAUGUAUUUCUCUUGGAAAGUUUAGACUACUGUGGACAACUUCAACAUGACAAGCUAUGGCUAUAAACCUGAUCAAUA